AUUUGAAUUGGCGAUGAAUUUGAAAUGUAAUAAUUCGAUCCCACAGAAAUUAUUGAGUCCAAUCCAAUUUCAUUAUCGGUUCAUCAACAUCAUCAGAGAGAAAUCAUAAAUACUUCGAAAUUAUUGAGCCGAAUUCUCCAGUCUCCAUUAUCAACCACGACGAAGUUAUUGAAGUUUUAAAUCAAUCCUGGAGAAAUCUCGUGAAUCGCAGAAACCAACCCCAACACGCCAUCAAUAUUCGCUUCUCCCUCCAUUUUUUCUCUCUCUGCAAAUUCGAAAACCUUUCAGUUUCUUCUCUGUCACUUCGCCAUCGAAUUUAAUAUCCGAAACUGAUCACAUUCUCGUAUGAAGUCGCCCUUUAAAUCCCCCAAUUUUUCCGAAUCCUGCAACUCGACGGGCCGUCUCCUGCGAGUGGUUGAUAUUCUCCUGGAGGAAGAAGACGACGGCGCCGGCUGUGACGGAGAUUUUGGUAUGUCCGACGCCGGAGAGCGCCUUCCGGAUGAAUCGCCGACCCUUCAGUGUUUGUCUCCCCGGCGGAUUAUUGCACGGUGGGUGGCUUCGUUCAGGCGACUGAAGCGGAGGAGGGAGGCGGAGGAGGUAAAGAGAGUGAAAGAGGGCGGAGAAUCCGAUGGUCGAUUGACGCCUAGUAGGUGCUCGAGGAAUGGAGUUGAUGGCGGCGCUUCGUCAUCUUCACCUACGGAGAGCGCGGGGCCAGGGCUGAGUAGGAAAGAAGAUACGUCAUUCAACUUGGGAGUUGGGUGUAGUUUAUUGUAUCUUGUACUUGCGAGUAGAAAUGAACUUUCUAAGAUGGCAGAUUUGAGGAGACAAAUGGAACUUUUUCUUCAAGAUAUCAAAGAGGAGCUGAGAAGAAAAGGUGAUCCCUUCGAGCCAUUCCAAUUGAAUACAGAUUUGGCGUGUUCCUCCACAGAUUGCCAAGAAGGUCCAUGCUCCACCAGCCAGCUUUCAUAUCAGCAAGAUUUUUCGUCUCAAAUUUUAUCCGAUGCACAAUCAACUAUACCGAAUCAUUCUUGGAAGUCUUGUCCGCACGAACAAGGGGAAUGCCAGGAACGCAUCGACGAACUGGAAUCUGAGUUUGAGGCCGAGUUAGAACGCUUGCAGAUCCACUUGGAAGUUGAGAGUUCUUCUGGACGCAUUGAGCAACUAAGAAUCAAGACUGCAAAAAACGCCAGCUCGACAAGAAGUUGCCGUUGGAGUUCUAGCGAGGUCAUUGAUCCGCAAGAAGAUGGCACCGAGGGGCAACAUGGAGUUCCUCCCAUAGAAUUGGAAAGAAAGUUGCACGAACUGCUCGAAACAAGGCAGCAAGAACGGAUUAAAGAACUCGAAGGCGCUUUAGAAUGUGCCAAGCAGGAACUUACUGAUAAAGAAUCUGAGGUUUCUUGGUGGAAAGAAACUGCAAAAGUUAUUUCUCAGCACAUUCCAGUUCAUUCACGUCUUAGACUUGCUUCUCAACACGAUCAGCUUCAGUUACUUCGAAAGGUCAGGUUCCAAUGAUGAUGAAAAGGAUAUAAAAUAUACCGAAAGUAGCCCUCUGGUUUACUUUAUUCUGAAGAUGCGCACCGUAGACGGCCAUAGUGAAACAAUGGUCAAUUCACAAAUCCACAAAUCACAACAGACAACACAAAUCAGAUUCCUUCUUAUCUUAAUCUGAUAGUGUCCCAUUGGAAAUUCUCUUCCUAUUAUUUUGGCAAGUCCAAAAUUGUGUAAAAUUUGUAGGCUAAAUUACCUUUUUAGGCUUUAUUUAGUUAUGAUUUAUAUACUUAUCCUUUUAAAUGUUUGAUAAUUA